UAGGAAUAUUGCCUACUCCUAUUGGAGUCUGGAGCGUUACCAGUAGUAUUUAAUUACUACUCUUUCUUUUUUGAAAUAAAAUUAAAAAUCACUUUUUUUUUUUAGGGAAAAUACCCCAAAAAAGGAAACAAGUUGAAAUAAAAUUGAUUGCUAUAUUCCGGCGAGGAUUGGAAACUUAACCUAUCUACAAGUGAUUAAUCUCUCACACAACUCAUUAUCAGGUUCAAUUCCAUUAAACAUCGUUGGUUGUUUUCAGCUGCUCGCCUGCUUGCAUUGAUACUAACAACAAUCUUUCUGGUGAAAUUCAACCUGAACUUGAUGCAUUCAAUAGCUUGAAAAACCAACAUGAGCUCCUGCCUACACUUUCUUCAUCCACUCAACGCCACCGAUUUCGUCUUCCCAAACCUUUUCUCCACCUUUCCCAGACUCGUACAAUAUCAGACGCGAAGUCUUCGAAGAAGAAGAUGAGGCCCAUUGAAUAGCACGUGAGAGGGAGGUGGCUCAGUUAAAACUCAUUUACCAUGGACAUGGAAUGACGUGAAUACCCCUCCGUUAACGGACAUCUAAGGCGUACCAUCCGCCCGGGCCCGGCGUAUUCCAGAAUAAGCCAUUGGGGAAAUUUCUGUUCUAGUAGUGCCUAUGCACUUGCUUCAUAUUCCAAUCCCAACACAUCCCAGCAGAACAAAUUCUCAUAGAACAAUUUUGUCUGGGAAUUGGAAUACUCGUACUUUAAACUGUCAGCAAUCUCCACUUCAGAGAAUCAUUGGAUAUAAAAAGCACCUACCAUAUAGCUAGUUCAAGUAAAGGAGCCGAGGAACUAAUAGCCUCAGAGUCAAUGGCCAUGAGACAAAUCCAAGUCGCCGACGACACGCUUGUAAUCCAUGAGCUCGAGGACGUUUGUGACUCGGCCACUGGCCGAGUACUCACCGGCUCAUGGAUUUGGGCCUCGGCUUUGGUCCUAUCCAACUGGAUGACCAACGAAAGCCGGACCAACUUCAGUUUUCUAGGCAAGACCGUGCUUGAGCUUGGUGCGGGAGCUGGACUCCCCGGCUUGACAGCAGCCCGGCUAGGAGCGAGCCAAGUUGUGCUCACCGACAUCAAGCCGCUGCUUCCAGGUUUGCUGAAGAAUGUCGAAGCCAACGGACUUGGUGAACUAGUCAAUGUCAGGGAACUCAUAUGGGGAUCAGACGAGUCAUUGAGCGAAGUCGGUGAGUUUGACUUGGUUUUGAUGUCAGAUGUGUUCUACAACGCCGAGGAGAUGGUUGGCUUGGCCAAGACGUUGAAAUGUGUGUGCAACAGAAAGACGACAGUUUUGGCAGCAACUGAGGUAAGGCCCUCAACAGCCGAGUGUCUGAGCGAGUUUAUUAGAGAAGGCUUUAUGCUUGUUGAGUUGCCGAGUGAGUUCGCUUCUUCAGAAGGAAUGGACAUGGAGAGUUUGGAUUCCUUUGCCAUCUUCCAAGUCAUACCACCGCAUGAAGAAAGCCAGAUGGAUGGCCCUUGUAAUCGAGACCACAGGACAUGAGCUACAUCAGUGCAUGUUUAUUUAUAGACUUUUGUUAUUUCUGGCACAAAAUGGUACCACUUCAUCCAAGGACGAAAUAUUGCCAGCUUCCAGUUUGAAAAAAUUCCAUGCAUCUUCAUUUAUACGUCAAACAAG